AAAUAAUAGUAUUAUGCGCCGAUUUUGUGAGUGACGCAUGCGCAGAUCAAAUGUAUACACAUGGGGAGAAAAAUAUUAUCGGGCUUAGAUAGAUAAAAUACAUCUUUAUUAAGAGUAUAGGCCUGUAAUAGAAUCAAAGAUGUCUGCUGAUAGUGGUGCAAAACCCCCAGAGGCCACAGAGACAAAACCUGUAUUGACCCCCACAACCACCACCCCUGCCAGCACAGUGACCACAACACAGAGUUCUACCUUAUCAGUCACCACCCCAAAGUCCAGUUCACAACCUCUGAGACCCAAUUACACUUUAAAGUUUACCAUGGCAGGACAUACAAAGGCAGUAUCUUCUGUGAAAUUUAGUCCCAAUGGAGAGUGGUUAGCAAGUUCUGCUGCUGACAAAUUGAUAAAAAUUUGGGGAGCCUUUGAUGGAAAAUUUGAAAAGACAAUUGUUGGACAUAAAUUGGGAAUAUCUGAUGUAGCCUGGUCUUCAGACAGUAAGCUAUUAGCAAGUGCUUCAGAUGACAAAACACUCAAGAUUUGGGAUUUUGCCACUGGUAAAUGCCUGAAGACUCUGAAAGGCCACACAAACUAUGUGUUCUGCUGUAACUUUAAUCCACAGUCCAAUCUCAUUGUGUCGGGAUCUUUUGAUGAGAGUGUGAGGAUAUGGGAUGUAAAAACUGGAAAAUGUCUAAAGACCCUCCCAGCCCAUUCAGAUCCGGUCACAGCUGUUCACUUCAACAGAGAUGGGUCACUCAUAGUAUCCAGUAGUUAUGAUGGACUCUGUCGAAUCUGGGACACAGCUUCAGGACAGUGUUUAAAAACAUUGAUAGAUGAUGACAACCCCCCAGUGUCUUUUGUGAAAUUCUCCCCCAAUGGAAAAUAUAUCUUGGCAGCAACACUAGACAACACUCUGAAGUUAUGGGACUACAGCAAAGGAAAGUGUCUCAAGACAUACACGGGACACAAGAAUGAAAAGUAUUGUAUAUUUGCCAACUUUUCUGUGACAGGUGGAAAGUGGAUUGUGUCGGGAUCUGAAGAUAAUCUGGUUUACAUCUGGAAUCUUCAAACAAAGGAGGUUGUUCAGAAACUACAGGGACACACAGUGGCCUGCCAGGAGAGAAUGAAGAUGCCAUAUCGUAGCUUGGUGACAUCAGCUCAAUCAACACGGAAGCUGGUGGCAAGGAACACAGUUGGGCGUUGGGGAGCAGAGGUCUUCAUUGGGUUGACUUUGAUUUUCUUGGGAUGGCAUGUCUACUUUGCUAUUAUUGGUGCAUCCCACAAGACAGAGUGUAGGGACAUCCCUUUGCUGCCGGUAGUAAUGGUUUUACUGGGUAGUACAGGAAUUAUCAAAUGUUUAUCAUUCCUGCUACAACUGUCCAUCGUUUUUACCACUUGGAGGAAGAACAAACAUGAGGGGGCAGAUUUCAUGAGCGAGACCAGUGGGCUGGACAAUAGCAUGAACUGGACCUACGUCAUCGUACUUUUAGCAGGUGACAUAGCGGCCUUCACUAAGGAGGACACCAGCUGUAACAGCCUAAUGUUCUACACAGCCUACUACACCUUUAUAGUCAUGACAGUCAUUAUCAGUGGUCUGUUCCUGCUGGACUUCUCUGUGUUUGUAUACAAACGCUGUCAUCCUAAGAAGGAUGAUGAAGACGAGGAUAUCGACGAUGACUGAUGUGUGAAAGUUACAUUCCACUUAACUACUUGUAUAUUCUAAUUAAAAUAUUUAAAAUAUAGGUUUCCCCUUUUUAAAAACAUACUUUGCAAGAUUUUUUCAAAGCAGAUGUAAGUUCUUAUGAAUAAUUUGCAAUUACAGUUGUUACGGCUAACUGUACAGAGGGCAUUAUAAACCAUGUGACAAACUGCAGUAAAAUAAAGUCCAGUAAAAUGUAAUGGUAAAUAAUGCACAAUACACAAGCAAAACAUUGAAUUAAUGUCUAUCUAUUCCUGUUGUUCUUCUAAAACAGAACUCUGUACAAAUAUUUAUCACUUUAUUAAUACAUGUACAUGUACUUUCUCUAUAGGAGAGGUGUUAACAUUCCAAAAAUAGAUGUGAAAGUAUGUAUUUUUACAUGAAUAGACAUGUUAAUACAAGUGUAGAGAGGAAUAUAAUCAUUGGUUUACUUUUUAUACGUAUCCAAAUACAUCUGACAUGAACAAUGUGCUUAAAAAAUCUACAAAUUUUACUUGCAUUAACUUAACUUUGAAUAAAUGCUAGUAAUAUUA